AUGCGAACGAUCGGGACGGGAGAGGACGACCAUCGACAAACGACGCGUCGUGUUACCCGCACCACUUCAAGGCACGUGAUCUACCGCGAGGGUGAGAAUGAGUACCUCCCGGGUUACAGCCCCAUCGACUUCCAUAUCGCUUUCAAUCGCUUCAACAGCUUAUACGUGCAAACAGGAUCAAUCGCCAUGCCUGAAAGCCAAUUUCCUCUUGGGCACUCAGAGAAUCCCUACGAGUUGCUGAUAGUAGGAGCUGGGCCUCACGCCCUCACGCUCCUGGUACGGUUGCUCACCAAAUAUCCGGUUACUUUAUUCAACGAUGAGGAACAGGACCGCCUUCUGCGUCAUGUCAAGCAUCAGAAAGGGUGUGGCAUGGUUGAUGAAGCACGCAAACGAAAGUACUUGGUAGUCGACGAAGGAGGUGAAUGGCUGAGCCGUUGGAAAAAGCUUUUUGCCGGGUACGACAUCCCGUGGCUAAGGAGUCUUGUCAAUAUACACCCGGAUGCAUCUCGGCGUAUGAACUCUGCUUUCAAUCAUUCGCAAAAUACAACCCUGCACGUCCCGACCUCGUCACUCUUCAUCGAUUUUUGUGCGCACCUUGUUGAGAAGCACCAUUUAAAUGAUGUUAUCCAGCAAGGGAGUGUUCAUUGUAUCAAGCCUAUGUUCGACAGCUCUUGCAAUAUCUGCAAAGGAUUCGAGAUUGAUCUUCUACACAAUGGACAUUGCAAGAAAAUCCACGCAUCUCGGGUAGUCUGUGCCAUUGGAAACGGAAAUUGCUUGCGGCUUCCUGACUGGGUUCCACCAUGUGAUGGUUGUAAUACUGUAAAGUGGCCUAAAGAAUGUCUGAUGCAUUCGGCCGAGUUGGUUAAGAGCGGUGUUCUCAACUGCGAAGGAUGUUGCUCCAAAGAGCAAACUCAGUUGCUGCCGACCCUUCGUGAGGCAUCAAAAGGGAGAUUGAUGAUAGUGGGAGGAGGUCUCACAGCAGCCCACCUAGUGAAGCAUGGCGUCAAGCGGUUCGACCAGGUUUUACUGGUAAGCCGGUCGUUUCUACGUGUGAAGCAUUUUGAUGUUUCGUUGAAUUGGAUCGAUCGAUACGGAAAUGUGGAGAUGGCCAAAUUUUGGCAGGAAAACGAUCCCAGAAUUCGACUGAAGAUCAUACAAAAUGCCCGGGAAGGAGGCAGCAUGACUCCAUCAAUGUGGGAAUACAUAGAAUCCGCCAAAGCGGCUGGAUCACUCGAAACGAAGCAGUAUACUGAGAUAAUAAGCGCGAUAUGGAGGACCGACACCCACUGUGCUUGCGAUUCUGCGGAGACAGCCAAGGGAUUUUGGGAAGUUCAUUUGAGUGAUGGUAGUAUUGAGAAUGUUCAUGCCAUAUGGAUGGCUACUGGAAGCAAAAUGAAUGUCACGCAAGACCCGCUGCUCUCGCAGAUAUGCAAAGCCGUCCCGACCACAUUAAUUGAGGGAUUUCCUGUUCUAACGCAUGAUCUACGCUGGCAAUCAUCCAUUCCCUUGUACGUAAUGGGCGGUUAUGCUGCGCUUCAGCUGGGGCCCAAUGCCCUGAACCUGGCAGGCGCUAAAAUUGCCAGUGAGAGAAUCGUAGAAGCUUUGGAGACUGAAAUGGGUUUUGACCAAGCUCAUGCCGACGAUGGCGCCGCUGUAGUUGGCGGCUGGGCAAAUCGGUACAAGUUCUUGGAAGAUGAAGACGCUUGUUAG